AUGCUUGCUCCUGCCUACAAUGAUACAAAAUUGCGAAUUCAAUUUACAGCGCACCGCUCCUCUCCGAGGUGCCAGGAAGUAAAGCGUGAUAAAGAUGUAUAAUUAGAUAGCUGCAGAAAGAAGACCAUCUCGGGGAUGGAGGUGAAGUGGGCUUGGCCAAGGCAACUGGUCAUGGCAGCCAAGGACACGAAGUCAUCGUCGCGCCCGCCAACCCCCGUCGCAGCUCGUAUGAUGGGGGAACACCGCGCAAACCUAUGAGGUGCCAAUGCUUCAACCCUACAGUAGCCCGGAACCCAUGGCAAAGUCAAAAAGUUGCUGCAGGCCGGCGGGCACAGAGGGGGCACAUGUGCCGGAAGGCAUGGUUUUGUAAGGUGUCCAGAACCACUGGACCGACCAGCAAUCGCUCCUAAUGCCUCAAAGGUAUGAAAUAAUACAUUGUUGGCUCAUUCGCGUCGGCAGCGCUGGAUGUGCCCGAGGUACGGUCUCGCAUCCAUCCAGGCGUUUUGGACGGGAAGACAAGGCGUCACUUGCUUCUACCUGCCCGGGCUCCCCAGGAAGUGUAGCGUAAAUGGCUUGGGGUGUUCCACUUUUUGCAAGUCAUGUCUCCCCAGUAACGAACGUCAGCUAGCGCUUUUGUAAGUCGAGAGUCCGCGCGUCUUACCUUGCGUCCCUUCAAAACCAGAGCUCAACCUUCGCACGAAUUGACCACCCCCGCGCUUGCGAGCCGGUGGGAAGUUUGGCUCCGUACGCAAUCAAGGGUCGUUCGGGGUUAUAAAACCACGCUUUUCCCAGGAGUUGUCAUGGAAUCGACCUUUCUACCACUUAUACUCUGCAUAAUAACAUCUGGCAGUAGAAUGCGGCUUGCCACUGUGCGCGUUGUGUCGCACGCCCAACUUCCACGGGAUGCUCGGACACGACAUGCCCAAGCUUCGCUUGGCCAAAUGCACCGGCUUGCGACUAUGACAACAAGGCGUCCUCACGUUGCAGCUCGCAGCGUGGCGACCCCUAUGCAGGCAGAGUCGCCAGCACGCGUGCUCCAGCAGAGACAGCAUGGCCCGAUGGCUGCAACGGGCUACCAGCGGGUCUCGGCCCGCCUGCUGGGCAUCGCCAACCAGCUGCGAGACCUGGGCGUGGAUAGCGACCUCAAGGUGCCUGCGCUGGUGAUUGCGGGCGACCAGUCCAGCGGCAAGAGCAGUGUUGUGGAGGCCAUUGCCGGCGUGCCGCUGCCGCGCUCCGACGGCACCUGCACGCGCUGCCCCACCGAGGUCCGCAUGAGGACCCACGGUGCGCCUGGAGAAGGCGGCAGCGCGGUCUGGCAGUGCCGCAUCAAGGUCGUCCGCAACUUCGACAGUACCGGCAAGCCCCUGGCCCCCGGCGAGGCUCACGAGAAGCUGUUCUGCACCGUCACCGACAAGGCGCACAUCACCGCCUGCAUCUCCGCCGCCCAGGCCGUGCUGCUCAACCCCACAGUCGUGGGAGACGCGGUCGCCGAUGGCGCCGAGCGGUUCGUCCCGCUGCUGUCGGCCGCUGAGCCCGGCGGCCGGGCGCCCGAGGCGUCCAGCGCCAUGAGGGGGCUGGGCGACGCAGCCGGCUACGAGCUGCAGUUCACCGCCAACAAGGUGGUGCUGGAGAUUGUCGGCGCCGAGGCGGACCUGACCAUCAUCGACCUGCCCGGCAUCAUCCACAGCCACCCCAAGGACCCGAGCCUGAUCGACGUGGUCAAGUCGCUGGUCAAGUGCUACCUGGCGCCCGCCCACCACAUCAUCGUCAUGACGCUGCCGGCGGGGAUGGAUGCUGAGACACAGGCCAUUCUGCAGUUCGCACGCGAGGCGGAUCCGGAGGGCCGUCGCAGCAUUGGCAUCAUCACCAAGCCCGACAAGAUCGGCACAGAUGAGCGCACCGAGUGGGGCAAGCUUUGCAACCUGGUGGCAGGCGCCAGGGCGCCGACAGGGGUCCCAGCCGCUGGAGGCUCUCGUGCGGCGGCAGCGCCCAACCCCCACCUGCAGCUGGGCUACUACGUGGUCAAGAACCCCGGGCAGGAGCAGCUGGCGGCCGGCAUCAGCUUCGAGCAGGCGCGGGCCGCCGAGGAGCGCUACUUCGCCGACCACCCGCUCUGGGCAUCGGCCAUGAAGGCCAACAGCCUGCUGUCCCAGCGGCUGGGCACCAACGCGCUGCGUGACGGCCUGAGCGCGCUGCUGGUGGACAAGAUCGGGGAGCACAUGCCAGAGAUGCGGCGCAGCGCGCGGGCGCAGUUGGAGAAGCGGCAGGCCGAGCUCAAGGAAAUGUCUCCAGCAGUGCGGAAUGCGCACGAGGAGCUCAUGAGAAAUCUGUGGCGCAUCUCCGACACACUUGCCCAGAACGCCCUGGCCGACAUUCGCGGCGGCAGCCUGGACUUCUACCAGGAGCUGAUGCGGCACUACCGGGAGUACGGCGAGCGGUCCAUCCGCAGCACCCCCGCCUUCCUGGUGGACACCAGCCUCAUCAGCGCUCUGAGCUCCUCCGACAAGGGGAUGCGAAGCAGCGCUGGCGGCGGACCCAUCGCCACCUGUGAGCUGAGCCUGAAGGAGCUGGUGGCGCGGAUAGAGGACGGGCCAGUCAUCGAGUCGGAGAAGGACGCGAAGGCUGCGCUGGAGGAUAAGCGGGUGCAGAUCUGGCUGCAGCAGCACAAGUUCCCUGAGGGGUACAUGACGCUGGUUGAAGUCGGACAGCUGCGGCAGCGCCACCUGGGCCGCGAGCUGCCCGGCUUCCUGCCGUACAGCGCCAUGGAGGCACUGCUGUCGAAGUUCAAGGGCAAGCACCGCGACCAGGCCACAGCCUGCCUGGCCGCUGUGGAGGCGGAGGUGCACAAGCUGGCGCACCGGGUGGUGGAGGAGCAGCUGGGCCACUACCCCCGGGCCAAGGGCGCCGUGGGGUCUGCGCUCUGCAGCCACGUGGAGUCGCUGGUGCAGGAGACGGCGGCGGAGCUGGACAAGCUGCUGGCGCGCGAGGACGGCGACGUCUUCACCCUCAACUCAUACGAGUACGAGGUCAUGCGGAACGAGUUCCUGGCCCGCCUUAAGCGCUGCUACAAGCAGCUCAAACAGCCCGACCAUGAGGCCAUGCCGGAGGUGCUCGACGUGCUGUCCGAGUUGUCCCGCCAUGGCGUGCACUUUGCCGACUUCGACGCCGCAUUCAUGGCGCAACACACCGCGGUGGACGACGAGCUGUACAUGGCGGCCAGUUGCCUCGCCUACUUCAAGGUGGCUUUCAAGCGCAUGCAGGACGCGGUGCCCAUGGCGGUGCGCUCCACGCUGCUGCGCCGCCUGGGGGACCCGGCGGCACUGGAGGCGGCGGUGUGGCGCGAGCUGCUGGGGGCCGGGGCGGUGGCGGCGGAGGCGGGAGAGGACAGCUACGACGGCAGCGCGGCCAAGGCGGCAGCGGCAGUGGCGGCGCUGCAGGAGGACCCGCAAACGGCGAGCCGCCGCCAGCACUGCGUGGCCAUGGCGCAGAAGCUGACUGAGGCGCUGCAGGUGCUGAACACGCCCGCCGCCCAGCUGUAGCUUGUAGCUGUGGAGGAGGUCCAGCAGGAUGUGGUGCACUCGGGUGUUGGAGUUGGGUUGAGGGUUUGGGAUGAGGCUUUGGGGUCGCAUUGUAAAGUGUGGGAGCGCCCUGUAGCACGCGCAUGACUUCGUACUUGUUCUUUGACGAUGGCGGGAUGAAGGACGCACCGUCUUGCCUGAGAGACAAGGUGCGCUGCACGACGGUUUGAGGUUGAGGCGCCACAUGAGGCUGAUUCGUCAAACCAAGGCAUAGGAUUGCAACGUUCACUUUGCCAGGUGGUGAUGGUUAUGUUAUGCUCCAUGCGCCGUAGCUGUGGUGGGCCCUGGACAUAUCAUUACAGUAAUGGGUAAGAGAGCGGCACGUACGAGCAGAACGGCAAGAGGACUGCCGGGGUAAAUCACGUGGCGUCCACACUGUCCUAGGCCUGGCAUCGCACUUCCAAGCAGCACAUCUGUUCAUCAAAGGACAGCGUGUGAGCGUGGCCGCCCCUUGAUUGGGUCUUAAUCCGCCGAACCAACUGUAACAAAAGAGAGGA